AUGGCACAGUGCCCCCAAAGCGAGUACUUCGACAGCCUGCUGCUCUCGUGUAAGCCUUGUCACCUCCGCUGUGCCGGGACACCACCGCGGCCCUGUGAGAAGUACUGUGAUAAGAGUACUGAUUCAGGUGGAGUUCUUUGGAUUUGUUUGGGCAUAGGACUAAUUUUAGUGCUCGCUCUGUUCCUCUUAAUGGUCUUGUUUAAACGGAAGCACCUAAAGCAACUAAAAGAAAAACUGAAAUACACAGUAUUUGUAGAAAAUAAGGUAUUUCCCAGCCUAUAA